GAAGUUAGUUAGGUGAUUUAAACACGUUUUUAGCUUUGCGUUCCUUCACAGGUUACAUGAUGGGAGGUUGGAACGUCAGCCUGUUUCUCGUCAUCACUCUCUGUUUGUGGAGAGUGUCACAGCAAGGUGAUCCUCAGCGUAGACUGUACAAAGACCUGAUGGCAAAUUACAAUCCACUGGAGAGGCCAGUGUUCAAUGACACGCAAACCCUAACGGUGAAUUUCAGCUUCAGCCUAAUGCAAAUCAUGGAUGUGGAUGAGAAGAACCAAGUUCUAACAACAAACAUAUGGCUACAACUGUACUGGUAUGAUUAUUACCUUCAGUGGAAUGUCUCUGAUUAUCCUGGCGUCACCAAUGUCAGAUUUCCUGGCAGCCAAAUAUGGAAGCCAGACAUCUUGCUUUACAACAGUGCUGACGAGAGAUUUGAUGCCACCUUCCAUACAAAUGUGUUGGUGAACUCCUCAGGAGCGUGCCAGUACAUGCCACCAGGAAUCUUCAAAAGCACCUGCUAUAUAGAUGUACGCUGGUUUCCCUUUGAUGUCCAGCGGUGUGACCUGAAGUUUGGUUCCUGGACAUAUGGAGGCUGGUCACUAGACUUGCAGAUGAUAGAAGCUGACAUAACAGGGUACAUUGCCAAUGGAGAAUGGGAUCUUGUGGAGGUUCCGGGCAGAAGGAACGAGAAGUUCUACGACUGCUGCAAAGAGCCCUACCCGGACGUGACCUUCACGGUGGUGAUGCGCCGCCGCACCCUCUACUACGGCCUGAACCUGCUCAUCCCCUGCGUGCUCAUCUCCACGCUGGCCCUGCUGGUCUUCCUGCUGCCCGCCGACUCUGGGGAGAAGAUCUCCCUCGGAAUCACAGUGCUGCUCUCCCUGACAGUGUUUAUGCUCCUGGUAGCAGAAAUCAUGCCAGCAACAUCGGACUCUGUGCCUUUAAUAGCCCAGUAUUUCGCCACCACCAUGGUUAUUGUAGGACUUUCAGUAAUAGCAACGGUUUGGGUGUUACAGUACCACUACCAUGACCCUGAUGGAGGCAAAAUGCCAAAGUGGACCCGCGUGAUUCUGCUUAACUGGUGCGCCUGGUUCCUGCGCAUGAAGCGUCCGGGUGAGGACCGCGUCCGCUCAGCGUGCCACAACAAGCGUCCGAGGAGCAGCCUGUCCAGCGUGGACCUGAACGUUAGCACGGGCGGGCCCCAGGCCACCAACGGCAACAUGCUCUUCAUCGGCUUCCGCGGCAUGGAGAGCCUGCACUACGCCACUUCGCCGGACUCCGGCGUCCUCUGCAGCCGGCUGAUGGGCGCCAGCGACGACGAGGUCCUGCUGCCGGGCGCUGGCCAGGCGUCCUCAGCGUCCGUCAGCAGUGCCGAGCCCGACCUGGCCAAGAUCCUGGAGGAGGUGCGCUACAUCGCCAAGCGCUUCCGUGACCAGGAUGAGGAGGAGAUCGUGUGCAAUGAGUGGAAGUUCGCCGCCUCGGUCAUCGACCGCUUAUGCUUGAUGGCCUUUUCACUCUUUACCACGCUCUGCACUACGGGCAUUCUCAUGUCCGCUCCCAACUUUGUCGAGGCUAUAUCUAAAGACUUUUUUACUUGAGACUGUCUCUCAGUAGUAACCAUCUGCCAGGUCGUCCUUAAACACUUUAGUCUCAGCGGUAACUGGCCUGAAAACCACUUACAAAGCCAGUGAAAUUACCAGAAUAUAAUGGUAUUCAUCAUUUGUAAUAGAUUCAUCAUAGGGCACAUUAAUUUGGCGAACAGCUGGAGGUAGAGCCACAUGCAUCUAAGUAUGCAUAAAAAGCACACAGGCUUUAGAUGGAAUGAGUUACACAUAUUCUGCCCGGGAUUGUUAUUAAAUUCUCAACCAUAUUUAGACCUACGGUAAACCAGCCUAUACAGUAGUUUAAGACUUCUCAUUUUUAUCAAUACUAAAUACUAAUGUCAAUGUGAGUCCUAACACUCCUCUAACACACACAUUAAAUACAUCAAUAUUGCACUCAAUCUCACUCAUGUUAUUAAGUGUUGUGAUUUCAGAUGUGAAGUGUAUUUUUUUCACUAGAGUGAUAGACUUAUGAUUAGAUUAUAUAUUAUGUUACUGGUGUUUUUGUCAUUUAAGAAUAAAACAAUGACAGUGACAUUCCAGUGUGAAUGUAUUGCAGGUAAAGAACAGUAGAAUUUACUUUUAAUGUAUCUACUUAACUCUGUUGUCAUAUGCAACAAAUAUAACUGUUGUCUCUCUUUUUCUGACACAUACUGUACAUGUAUAGCACUUUGUAUAACACGCUUGCUAUACAGUUCCUGUCCUACUGUAUGCACAUAAUUUACUUUUUAG